CUUUCUUGCUAACGGCUUUGCUAUCAACCCAACCGGUAACCUCGUCAGCGGCGUAUGUUCCUAGCAUCUCUCAUCCUCCGACGCCCCGGGCAGGACCUGCUGCUGGCUUCACUUUUGAUCGAGCUAGCUACCACCCCGUUGCUGUUCGUGGAGCAUUGCAAGACUAACACUGCCGUCCUUCUCAGAUCUCUAUCGACCAUGCUGCCACACACUCCUUUAUGGCCCUCAUAGCGGCCAUGCAUAACUCACUUGCCAACUGGAACGACACGACGACUCUUGACUUCCACCGCUUCCAGACUGUCAAGGCUGUCAACUCUCGUCUCAACGUUGAAGGCAAAGAUGGCGGCUAUCCGGUGUCAGACGGCGUCCUGAUUGCCGUUGCCAUGCUCGUCAAUGUGGAGUCAUAUAUCGGCUCGCUGGAAAGUGCCGCCGCCCACAUGCAAGGGUUGAAGCGAAUGAUUGACCUCAGGGGCGGCAUUAUUGAUGGUCUCGGAUAUAGCCCGGUUCUUCAGCGCACGAUUGCCUGGGCCGACUACUCGUACGCAACCGCCGCCAACGAGCCUCUUGUGCUUCCAUUCAUCCCAAAUUUAGCUGGAUCCCUGGGUCUACAUGACAGGUUCAUGAGCCGCUCCAUGGUUCUGAACAUGGAGCCUCUCGGCUAUGGCGACUUGACGAUACGGAACCGAGAGAUCAUAGAGAUUAUGGAGUUGUUACACUCAAUCUCGCACUUCAUCAACGGUUUCGAUUACAAUGACCUAGAGUCGUCAGUCUCAGAGAGAGUACAGGUCAGCGACUCGAUCUAUCUCGCCGAGUGGAAGCUCUGCCAACUGGAAGAGGUGUUGCGCUCGAAAUACUUCACUGGACGAACCAGCUGCAGUCCUCCCUCGCUCUACUCAGACGACACACUAUCACCUCAAGAGGCCAAAGGACCAGCGACUGACCUUUCCGACACAUUGAUUUAUGCUGCACACCUCUUCCUUCACCUAGCGGUACGAGGCCAGCCGCCCACAGCUUAUCGCCACAAGAUUCUGGUGGAAUCGCUCGUGUCAUCUCUCUACGGACCCUUGAUGUCCUUAGAUCUGCUGGCAUGGCCCAGCUUGACAUCAUUCGAGCAUCCCGCUUCAUGCACAGGCAAUAACCUUGUAGAGGCAUCAGCUUCAGGCAGAAGCCCUGCCGAUGAGCGUCCAGCUUCGCCCACGACCGACAUGGAGUUCCUCGCAGGCUAUACCUCUUCAGAGCGAAAAGCAGACGCGGGAACUCCGAUAACAGCCCACGAUGAUUUGCACUCAGAUAUACUUCUUUGGAUCCUCUUCACUGGCUGUUGCGUGCGAAUACCACCGACUCCGUACAAUUCGGCUUACAUGUAUCAUGGCGUGAUCGAAGGAAAUGCCCGGGAGUUCUUUAUGAGCGCAUUGGCCAACUGCUGUCGAAGACGGCGGAUCUUCGAAAGUGGCAUCCUCCAUACAAAACUCAAAUCGGUCGUUUGGCUUGGCAGCUGGUGCGACUACCAGCUAAAGACGAUAUGGCUUGAGAUCGAGCCUCAGAUCCGGAAUUUUGGCUCCAGCGCCUUGACUUCCGGAUGACGCGCUUUUUGAAGAACUUUCAGAUUCCGAAAAAAAAACUAAAGCGACUACGUACCCACAGCAC